GUACAUGUCCAUCUUUCGCCUGCCACCUUUGCUCAAUCUAUCUCGAGCACUCCCUCUUCUCUCAUCUGCGCCUCGAAGUUCUCACUACCUCUUCUCUUCUCAGUCUCGAUCUUUCAGGAUGUCUUCCUCCUCCGCAUCCAAGCCUGAUGCCAACCACAGCGAUGGCUCGACCAAGUGGUCCUCCACCGAUGGCCAAUUCCGCCGCCAGGUCUCAUCUUUCCGAGAGACCAUCAAGGCUGGCGGAAAGCACGCGCCGGCAAAGGGCAGGUACCGCUUGAUUGUAGCGUACGCCUGUCCUUGGGCACACCGUGCUCUGAUCCUCAAGCAUCUCAAGCAGAUCCCAGACGAUGUGCUCCCCGUCUCCGUCGUGGACAGUCUCUUAGGCCCCGAAGGGUGGACCUUCCCUCCUUAUGGCGACACACACGAGGAGCUCAAAGGUCUAGGAAUCCCUGGUACAGGCUACGUGCCCGGUCACGAGAAGAAGAAGCGUAUCAAAGAUUUCUACCUCGCUGCUGAUCCAGAAUACUCGGCUCGCUCUACUGUGCCCAUCAUUUGGGACGAGGAGCUGCAGACGGUUGUCAACAACGAGUCGGCAGAAAUUAUUCGUAUCCUCAAUGAUGCAUUCGACGAGUAUGUGCCUGCUGCUCAGAAGGGAGUGACGUACUACCCGGAAGACCUGCGAAAGGACAUCGAUAGUGUGAAUGAGUGGAUCUACGAUAAGAUCAACAACGGCGUGUACAAGUCGGGCUUUGCUACAACGCAGGAGGCAUACGAAUCCAAUGUCAAGCCCCUCUUCGAGGCACUGGACAAGGUGGAGGGUAUCCUCUCCAAGAGCAAGUCUGGCUACCUGGUCGGGGAUAGACUAACAGAAGCCGACAUCCGCCUGUUCACCACAAUCAUUCGCUUCGAUCCGGUGUACGUGGGACACUUCAAGUGCAAUAUCAGUACGAUCCGACAUGGCUACCCACACCUCAACAAGUGGGUCAGGGAACUCUACUGGAAGGAACCAGCUUUCAAGGAGACGACCGUCUUUGAUAGCAUCAAGGCGCACUACUACCAGAGUCACCCGAAUGUUAACCCUACACGCGUGGUGCCUGUCGGUCCUCUACCUCCUAUUGAGCCAUUGUAAUUUAGUGUACACGGUGUAAUCAAUUGAAGUAUCAAAAGAGGUAUCAUAUGUCUCACGGGAGGGAUGCGUGCUGCAGAUCCUUCACAGAAGUGGCUAGGGUU